AUGGUGGCAGUGACGCAAGCGAUUGAACAUGAACCGCUCUUCGAGUUCAAUCCGGCUGCACCGGAGUUCAGUCCGUCACAGUUUCCCGUGGAUGGCGACUCGACAGGUUCCACGCUGGGGUCUUCCGAGCGGCUGGCGAAGAGGGUCGGAUGCAAGAAUAAUCGUCCGCCGUUGCCUCAUGACCGUGGCGAGAAGGAAAGUACGAGUGGGCAGGAGCCAGAGCCGGAAUCACGAGCUCUGAGCUGCUCUCCACUGCUUCCGCGCCGUUCGGGCCGCCCAUCCCAGCGACAGGCAGGCAGAAGGCCAUGUGCGACUGCACCAGCUUCACCUGCCCUCAGCAUGGGUGGAAAGCUAGGGCCUUGCCGCCGUGGCAGCGAGGAGGUCUCCACUCUGGUCAUAAAAAACUUGGCGUUAGACUUCCGCAAGGAGGAUGUGGAGGUAUUUCUGGAAAGCAUGUGCGUGGGAGCUGCCGAGGUUGACAUGCAUGUCGACCCCGCCAGUGGAUCCUUUCGAGGCACGGCGUUCGUCCGGUAUGCUUCCCCUGCAAAGGCACGGGAGGCUUUGCAGAAGCUUGGGCCGUCUCCAGACAUUGGUGGUAGAAAGGCGAGAGUCGAGGUUCAGAAGUCCAAGAACCUCUUUGGUCGGAGAAAUGCAGGUGGCGAGUUGCCGCAGGAGCUGACCCUGGUGCAACAAGAGAUAGAGCUGUUCCUGCAAGGCUUCGAGACAGAGGUUUGCCUCUCGGCUACUUUCGAUGCCCAUCAGCGCAA